CCCUCCCUCCCUCCCUCCUCCAACUGAUUCUCAUCCUUCUAUAAUUCUCUCACCACCAACUCCCCUCCUCUCAAUUCUUUCUGCACUCCAACAGACCAAGUCCUUGCCGCCAUUAAAGGGCACUCGGCCAUUGAGCAGUCAAGUCCUUAGCCAUUGCAGAAGAUUGCCAUAAGCCAAGAUGUUCAAGGUUCACGUUAUCUCCAGAGAGACCAUCACGCCAUCCUCUCCAACUCCCCAUCCUAACCGUACAUUCCAUCUCUCAAUGCUAGAUCAGAUCGCUCCUUCGCUAUACGUCCCUUUCGUUCUCUUCUACUCUGGAAACGCUCAUAGCAAUACUGAAUGCUCCGACGUCUUUCGCCGGCUGAAGAAAUCUCUUUCGGAAACCUUGACUCUCUUCUACCCGUUCGCCGGGAGGAUCAGGGAAGAAGAUCAGGCGGUUGAUUGUAAUGAUGAGGGCAUCGAAUUUUUCGAAGCCCAAAUCAACGGUCGGCUCUUCGAGUUUCUCCAGCAACCAGACGUGGAUGCACUGAACCAGUUCCUCCCUUGUGGCUACGAUUUUGAUAGACCCACAAAGGAGAUCCUCUUAGCUAUCCAAGUAACUAUUUUCGAAUGCGGAGCAAUAGUGAUCGGUGUGUGGUAUUCUCACAGGAUAGCUGAUGGAACCACGCUGGCCACAUUUUUAGACAGAUGGUGCUCGAUAACACGUGGAGCUAAUGAAAUUGUAGCCCCCACUUUCGACUCGACGACACUCUUCCCACCGAGAGAAGGGGUAGAUUUUACAUUGAGCUCCAUGUUUCCCAGAGAAAAAGCGAAUGUUCUGACCAAGAGGUUUCUAUUCAAUAGGCAGAACAUAGCCAAACUUAGAGCUAGAGCCUCGGAGGACUUGCGGCCCACCCGAGUUGAAGCAGUGACAGCUCUCAUCUGGCGGAGUAUCAUGAGGGCUCAACGUAAGCCCGGGACGGUAAGGGCUUCUGUAGCAAUGCUUCCUGUCAGUUUGCGAAGCAGGAUGGUCCCGCCCUUGCCUGAUCAUUCGUUCGGAAAUCUUUGCGUCGAUGCAGUUUCGUCAUGGGUGUCAGAUGGUGAGUGCAAUGAGGACUUGCAGCUUUGCUUAGAGAGGCUGCUGAGGUAUUCGAUAAGAAAAAUCGACAGUGAGUACGUAGCUGAAUUGCGAGGACGGGACGGGCUGAUAAAGGCGUUUGAAUUGCUGACAGAGGUAUUUGAGAAAUACUCAGAAUAUAGCAUCGACAUUUGCUUGUUUAGCAGUCACUGUAGGUUACCGUACUAUGAAGCGGAUUUUGGUUGGGGAAGGCCGAUCUGGAUCAGCAGUGCGAAUAUUCCUUUUAAGAAUCUCACCAUCUUGAUGGGAACGAGAUCAGGCGACGGAAUCGAAGCUUGGGUGAGCUUGGAGGAAAAAGAAAUGGCUAGAUUUGAGCAAGAUGAAGAACUACUUUCCUUUACUUCUCCUCCUGACAUUUCAUUGAUUUGAAGUUAGCUGAGAAGAAAAGAGAAUGCUCCGGUGCGGCUAGUUUCAUCGUUUGCUUCAACAGUCCAAUUUCUAAUCGAUGAUUUGAACUGUCUAAUAAAU